GAAAGGCUAAAGGAGGUGAAAUUGUGAAUUUGAUUGAACGAGCGUAAGAGCGGGCUCCAGCUUAGAGUGGUGUGCUUUCUUUUAUAAGUUUGCACUUAAGUCAGUUAAUCUCUUUUACCCGUUUGACUCCCUGCGGAGCUUUCGGGGUAAAUCGCCUCCCGUAAGUUAACCGGAAUUUUGGAGCCAUCGGGAUUUAUAUAAGCAGAACAGUGGCACCGUGUGUCAUCACUACGGCGGAAACACGGUGUUCACCGUGUCCUUGACAGAUGGCGCCAUCGCUUUGUUGCAGUAGAAUCCAGAUGUUUGCUGUGGCGUUACCGCAGGCGACGCCUAAUUCGGAUUUAUGGUGGACUAAACUGCGCAGGACGGCCAAGUGAGAUGCACGCCCUGCUGGCGACGUACCUGGCCUUGUACAGCGUCGGGGCGGGUGCGACGACGCCUCCCCCUGUGGGAGGAUACCAUUCCUCGGACUCCGGUGUGCACUGCGGACAACUGAUAGAAGCGGCGUCGACAUGCUUGGACAACGAACACGAAGCCGACACAGAGCACUACAGGUAUCAGCUAAGCGACGCCCACGCUAGGACGGAACUGCGCAGCUGCGUGCAGGUUGAGUUCGACAAAGCCAGAGCUGCGAACCGGUCUUGUUCGGUUCGGUCCUUCACCGACUGCCUAACUGAAGCACUGGGUGACAAAACGAACAAGGAACACGAAGCCGGUGCAAAGGACUUCGCUGAAAAAAUAACGCUCUGCAUGCGGCAGAAGUUGACACAAGUUCGCGCACGGGCCUACUUCGAACUGUUGACUACGGUGCUGGCGGGACACGGCGACACUGAACACAAAACGGAGAUGCCCUUCGAGAUGCCCCUCAAGAUGACCACGUCGGGCCGGACUUUAUAGGCAUUGUGUACUUCCAUGGCACCCUCUGCAUCCCGCGCUUUUGAUUGCUUGAAAAAUAAAAAAGCAAAAAAAAACAUGA